AUGUACAGCAAAUAUUCUUCCAAAAACAUCAUAAGAACGGAAGAGGCAAAUGAUCAUGAUUAUUGGCAUCAUUCCACAAGGACACCAAAAUGUUACCACCAAAAAAUUACACCUGAAGAGUAUCAAGAACAAACCCGAAUGUCCUAUCUUCAUGUCGAGAAAAUGUUAGAGAGUGCGAGUAUGGAUGAGUUAUUGAAAUCUAGGGAGCUUUCCAAACGAUUUCAAGCUCACGGAUUUUUGAAACCAAAGCAGUCCUAUCAUUCAAUAUUAUUUUGUAAAAGAUCAAUAUUAUAUUUAUUGCUCAUUGGAAUUUGCAUGCCGUUGAUUGUGUUGCAAUUGAGUGUGAUGAGAGCUUGUUUGAAUUUAUUCUUGUGGGAUGAUCCAGUGCAAGCAAUCGCAUUGGGUCUCAAUCGAAUUGUACUCAAUCGAUAUUAUGGAUUUACUUUUCAAGAGGAGGAUGGAUUUUCAAAAGAAAGACAGCUACAGGUAGUUGAAGUGGCUGUAGAGCUGGAUUCUGUGGAAUUGAGUGAGAGAUUAAUUCGGUUAUUUCAUCAAGUUUAUAACAUGGAUCAGAAGGAAGUUUGGGAACGUUACAUGAAGAACACAAUUCUGAAAAAUGUGACAUCUUUAGAAAUGUUGGAAAUGUUAACAAAAGUUUAUGGAAAAACUGUGAGUCAAGUAUUGGAUGACACACUCAUGCAGAAGAAUGGGUCAAUGACAACAUUAAGGAAUGUCAUUCUAGAAAAUUUGAUUAGCAUAUUUAAGACUCCUGGAUUGACAUUGAAAGAAUUCGAGAAACAUGAUCGAUUGUUUCAGAGAAUUAUCAAACGAUAG